UGCGUCACUCUAUCGACGUCCAACGGGGAUUUACGUCAUUAAAUUCUAUCGUCUAGCACCGAGAACGAGGACAUUGUUAAUACCGUAACUGCAUACAAAAUAUUAUCUUUGCUUUUAGAGCACCUGCGCUGCGUUGCCUUCGUCUCAUCUAUAAUAAACACAAACGCUGCUUUGCUCAUUCAUCGCUGCUGGGUUUGACUCAUCGCUUGUUUGGCACCAAGAGUACCAGCCAGUAUGUUCUACACCUGUGGGCCUAAUGAAGCGAUGGUGGUGUCAGGCUUCUGUCGCUCACCUCCGUUGAUGAUUGCCGGAGGCCGGGUUUUCGUCAUCCCCUGCAUUCAGCAGUUGCAGAGGAUCUCACUGAACACCCUGACUCUGAACGUGAAGAGCGACAAAGUAUACACCCGCCAUGGCGUGCCAAUCUCCGUCACGGGCAUCGCACAGAUGAAGAUUCAGGGUCAGAACAAGCAGAUGCUGGCAGCCGCCUGCCAGAUGUUCAUGGGGAAGUCCGAGGCAGAGAUAGCGCACAUCGCUUUGGAGACACUGGAGGGACACCAGAGAGCCAUCAUUGCACACCUCACUGUUGAGGAGAUCUACAAGGACCGCAAGAAGUUCUCCGAGCAGGUUUUCAAAGUGGCGUCCUCUGACCUGCUCAACAUGGGCAUCAGCGUGGUCAGCUACACGCUCAAAGACGUGCACGACGACCAGGAUUAUCUGCACUCCUUGGGGAAGGCUCGCACGGCACAGGUGCAAAAAGACGCUCGUAUCGGCGAGGCACUCAACAAAAGAGACGCUGUCAUGAGGGAGGCGCACGCCAUGCAGGAAAAGGUGUCGGCCCAGUACAAGAACGAGAUCGACAUGGCCAAGGCGCAGCGCGACUACGAGCUAAAGAAGGCGGCGUACGACGUGCAGGUGAACACCAAGAAAGCCGAGUCGGAGAUGGCCUACCAGCUGCAGGUGGCCAAGACCAAGCAGCGCAUCGAGGAGGAGCGCAUGCAGGUGCAGGUGGUGGAGCGUACCCAGCAGAUCACGCUCCAGGAGCAGGAGAUCACACGCAUGGAGAAGGAGCUUGAGGCUAAGGUCAAGAAACCCGCCGAGGCCGAGAAGUACCGCCUGGAGAAGCUGGCUGAGGCCCAACGUCUCAAGCUGAUCAUGGAGGCUGAAGCCGAAGCAGAGUCCAUCAGGAUUAAAGGCGAAGCAGAGGCGUUCGCUGUGGAGGCCAAGGGACGCGCCGAGGCAGAACAAAUGGCAAAGAAAGCUGAGGCCUUCCAGCAGUAUGGUGACGGCGCCAUGGUGGACAUGUUGCUUGAAAAGCUUCCACUGAUGGCGGAAGAGAUCAGCAAGCCUCUCUGCCAAGCCCACAAAGUGACCAUGGUGUCCAGUGGCGGCGAGGUGGGGGCCGCCAAACUCUCUGGUGAAGUUCUGGACAUCAUGACCCGCCUCCCCGACACACUGGAGAAGCUGACUGGAGUCAACAUUGCGCAGGUGAGCGCCAUUUCAGGCUAAGGAAUUCCUGCUUGGGUUGUGGAUCUGUGCUGAAGACACACAUUCACACACGUACUUGUUAUGCUCUGUUGUACACAUGCUGCUCACCUCCUUAAAUACGUAUGCUAUUUUAAUUUGAGCCUGUCUAACAGUAUUAGCAAAUUUUGUAUUACUUUUUGUCAAUGUAUUUGGUUACAAUUAGGCCUAUAGAUCAGUGCUGCGGUAAACAGCAUGCAAUUGUGUCAAAUGUCUACUCUGUUAUUUGGAGCAGUUAACGAUCAAUAUUGAGCUCAUAACUUGAACAAAAUGUCAGGUGUUUUGGCAUGAACUACGACUAACAUCGAUAUAGAUAUCAGUGCUUCCAAAAGAAAUUGCAACGAAAUGAAGUGAAUUUUGGUUGAUUCAUGCAUUUAUGUUGUUCUGCUUUGCUCUCAGACCUCAAGUGCGACUUAAAAUGAACUGCUAUUACUAAACUCACCGAAUUGUCGUUUCUACUAAUUGUGUCAUCAUGUGACUAAUGACUGAAAUGUAGCGGUUUAGCAUUCAAAAUCUAUCAGCGUAAUCAUACAUUUAUAGUUAAUUUCGUGUCUCGUGUGGGUGUGGUCAUUUUAGUAUAUACUGUAGCAUUUCUCAGGUGUGCGCUUAUAAGGAAUGUCACAUUUAUGGGUGUCAUUGUUGCAUUUUAUUACAUUUAUUUAUGUGCGUGAUUCUACUCCAUUUUUUAUUGCUUUCGUGAAAAGACCUGUCAGACAAGUAUUUAUGAUGAUGUAUUUAUUAUUUGGUAUCUAUGCUGAUCUAUAGCAGGGGUCACCAACUGAGAGCCACUUCUUGGGUUCUAAUAAAUGAUAAAUAUAAACGUAUGAAAUCAAAUUUUGCUGAAAGUUGCAUUGUAUUAUAUUAUUAUCAAAUAAUGAUAGUCAUUUAUGUGAAAGCAUUGGUCAUGUCACCAUUACUUCACAAUCAUAAUGAAACAUUUAAUAUCAAUAUGCAACACUUUUUCUACAAAUUUCCAGUGUUUACAUUUUAAAACCAUCACUUCUAUACAGAGGUGGGUAGUAGUUACUCCAUUAUAUUUACUUUUUGAGAAAAAUGUACUUCCUAGAAUAGUUUUACUGCGCAGUACUUUUUACUUGAGUAGAUUUACUACUUUAGGCUACACUAAUCAUUACAUUUUUCGUCUUUAUUCUACAUAUUGACUUUAUUUUUGCCAGAGGUGCUGACAGUGGCUGUCUCAAUUUCACCAAUGAGAUGUCGCAAAAAUAACCACAUAGGGCUGCAGCUAUCGAUUAUUUUAGUAGUCGAUUGAUCUAUGAACUAGUUAGUUCGAAUAAUAGCGUAAUCGGAUUAGGAACAUAAACAAUUAAAAUACCUGAGCUUAGCCUCAAAUGGUAUAACAAAAAUAAAUAAAUGAGAAACUAAGUACAACAAAAGAACAAUUGGCUAACUUGCAUAGCAAAAGUCCACUAGCUUAAAUGCUAUGGAAUGCAAACUUUUUUUUACAGUUCUCUUAACAAAUGUUCAAACACAUAUUCUCACAAAAAACUGCUAAAUCUACCCAUAAACUAAAUUUCGAAUGCAUUUUUUUUUUUUUACGUAAAUAUGUCGAAGUACGAUGCUAGUCUGUCAAUGUGGCUGCAGUAAUGUGUAAACAGAGCUUUUCCAGUGAAAUAUCUUGUGAAUAAAUGCUUAAAUCCCUAAAUUCUGUAUAGAUAUGCACGUAAAACAGUCUCGAUUCUUGGUUAAAAGAAAAAAAAAAACGUUAUUUUACAUAAAUAUUGCGAACUAUAAUGCCAAUGCUGUCGCGGCUAAUUUCUCCCAUUGAUUUUUUUUCACGUUUCAAAAUGCAAGCAUAGUACGAAAAAUAUAAUAAUUAUCUUGAAUCUUCGAACAAAUCAAUCCUGAGACAAUCCUUACUGUUUGUAUGCGGUACAGCUUUCGUACUUUUUCAACCUAAAUCCGGUGUCGGAUCCCUGCACGUGUUGACUAACAGCGACCGGCUGCGGAUAACUGAAGUAGAUUGUAGGACAGCCCCCUACUUGAAGGCGUUGCACAGUGGCUGACAGAUAUGACCUGUCAAUACAAUUAUGAAGUCUAUGUAUUAGCUCAAACAAAAACUUACUUUAUGUUGGUGUUUACAGGGAGCAGCUGGAUUCAGCCAUGUUAAAUGAGUUUUGCUAUAUUCACUGUUGCCACUAGAGGGUAGUGUAUCCACCCUAAAAAACUAAAAUAAAUGCAAACACUUUCAAAACAAACCAUUACAGCGCCACUUUAAUUAAACGAAUACUCGAAGUAGCAUAAUUUAAUUCGAAGCUUUUUUCUAAUCGAAUUACUUGAGUUAAUCGAUUAAUCGUUACAGCACUAGACUCCAUUAUACCAAUCAGAGGUAACAAUGUUUUUUUUUUCUCUACUAAAGGGAACUCAUGGUUUUUGGACGGGUCAUGUUUCAGUGUUGUUCUGGUCUGAAUUUGAUGAUUUUUGUGACUUUUUGGCCUAAUAUGGUCCUGUAACAGGUUAUAACACAGUACAAUAAUAAUAACAGUUCAUAUUGAUGAAAUUGUGCUGAGAAAAUAAAUAUACCAUUAUUUUAAAAAAAAUAAAUCAAACAUUGUAGGCAGUUACUCACAAUGUUACCAUUACUUGAGGGUUUGUUUUUUUCCAACAAAUACUUGAGUACAUUUUUGAAAGACUACUUUUAUUUGUGUAAUAUUAUUUAGAAGUGACACUACUCUUACUUGAGUAAACGUUUUGGCUACUCUACCCACCUCUGCUUCUACAACAUUCCUUGAAAUCACAAUGUCCCAUCACGAGUGAGCUGGUUUUAUAACAUGCUCAAUGCUACUCAUGUCGGGGGGCUAUCAGGUGCCCAUAAACAUUAUGUUGAUGACCCCUGACCUAUAGUAAAAACGUUUAUACUCACUUGGCACUCUACUGUAUGUAUGUACACACAACUAACUCUUACUAAUACGCUUUGUUGUAUUCAAUAAAUGUGUGCUUUUCAAAGAUGA